AUGAGCUCAAGUAUUGAUCAAGAACGGGUCUUCCUAGACGUCAUUGAAAAGAUAAUCAACUUCCUCUGUACCAGUGUACAGAGACAAUCAGAACAGAAAUAUGUAAUUGACGCAGGUGGAAUCUGUUCAAUCAAAGCUUUCGAGAUCACAUGCGCUGUUUCACACGACGGACGGCUCAUAACUUGCACACAACACUGCGCUCGAAAUCAAAUCGUGUAUUCAAGGGGAUUAAAUACUGAUGAAAUAUAUCGACUCAUUUCUAUACGUCAGUCAAAGUUUCACAUCUUUUAG